AUGCGGUUCGAUUUAAACAACCUCGGAAACCCCCGAAAUGGAGAAGAGACGAAGGAGGGCGUUCCUCUUCAAAAUCAUCCUUUCGAGGUCGAGGUCUCCCAAGAUCAAGGUCGGGGUGGGAACUUAAACGUGGGGAAGCUCGUUAACGAUGAGUUCCUUAGUCAGUUUGUACCGAAGGGUCUCAUUGACGUUCAUACCACGGAUUCUAUUCGAUUGGUGAAUCCGGAUGAGUUCAAGUGCUCACAGUGGGUUGAGGAUCCAACACUUCUGGUUACACGUUUUGAGUAUGCAAACCUUUUCCAUGCAGUGACAGACUGGUACAGUGCAUAUGUUGCUUCAAGAGUUACUGGCUUGCCUAAUCGACCUCAUUUGGUCUUUGUGGAUGGUCAUUGCAAGACGCCACUGGAAGAAACUUGGAAAGCCCUUUUUACAAGCCUGAAAUAUGCUAAAAACUUCAGUGGUCCAGUUUGUUUCCGCCAUGCCAUUCUCUCACCAUUGGGUUAUGAGACAGCUCUUUUUAAGGGUUUGACAGAUAAUAUUUACUGUAAGGGAGCAACUGCACAUGAUCUAUGGCAGAAUCCUAACAACCAAAAGACUGCACGAUUAUCUGAGUUCGGAGAGAUGAUACAAGCAGCUUUUGGUUUUCCUGUCAACAGAAACCAACGUCGAAAACUGGUAUCAGGUCAUAACAUUUUAUUUGUGCGACGUGAGGACUAUUUAGCUCACCCACGUCAUCGUGGCAAAGUUGAAUCGAGGCUGAGCAAUGAAGAGGAAGUGUUUGAGGCUCUGAAGAUUUGGGCUGCUAAUCAUUUGAAAUGCAAAGUGAACCUUAUCAAUGGAUUAUUUGCACACAUGCCCAUGAAAGAACAAAUCCGUGCCAUUCGGGAUGCUUCGGUCAUAAUUGGGGCACAUGGGGCAGGUCUUACUCAUACCAUUGCUGCUUCACCAAAUACAGUGGUUCUUGAGAUAAUAAGCAAGGAGUACAGGCGCCCACAUUUUGCAUUGAUCUCACAGUGGAGGGGACUGGAGUAUUAUGCUAUUAAUCUGGAUGAAUCAUAUGCAGAGCCAGAAGUAGUUACCAAGAAGGUGAGCAGCAUAAUGAGAAGUCUCGGCUGCUAGAACUUGGUUUUGUAGGUUUAGAUCCAUCCCUUGUUAUUUUGCAAUUCAAAGAUGUGACGAGAGAAAUCAAGCAAAAUCCAGCUGUUUUCUGGUUGGAAUCUUCUGUUUCACAUGGACUUCCUUAUUCUUGGAUUUAGUCUCUCAUUGGUCAGAGUAACCACCAGCUCAGCUCUCAGAAAGAACUCAGUUGUGGAAAUGAUGAAGCUAUUUAUUUAAUUCUUUCUUUAUUGAAACUUUCAGCCUGCAGUGGCUAUUCAAGUUCAACUCUCAUACAAGAUCUCAAGUAUCAGACAGAAGAAGGGAAAUUUAUGUUCCAAGGAGUUCACUUCCCAAGCUCCAUCCAUUGUAUAGUGAAUUGUGGAGCUGCAUUUAUGAUUUAGUCCAUGUAUUCUACAGUGGGAAUUGGCCCUUUGGUCCAAAGAGGUUGUAGUCGGAGGUAGAUGAUUUGGUUAUAUGAAUGCUUCUUUGCAGUUUCACUGGAGAUUGUCAUCUUCAUUGGCUGAGUACUUCAGGUGGAGCAAGUUGGUUGCAAAUCCCAAUACUUUUUUUUUUUUUGGUUACUAUUCAAUUACUAACUGCUGGAAAGAGAAAAUAUUUGGGCGUUGGUUUCUUUCUGAUGCUUUGCUAUCACUGAUUUAAAUAGAAGUUUGGUAUGUACAGUAGAAUUUUGCAUUUAACAUGAUUUUUAUUUAGAUUGGUUGCA